AUGACGCGGCACGCCAAGAACUGCAGCGCCGGAGCGGUCUACACCUACCAUGAGAAGAAGAAAGACACAGAAGCCUCAGGCUAUGGGACCCAGAACGUUCGACUGAACCGGGACGCUGUGAGGGACUUUGACUGCUGCUGUCUCUCGCUGCAGCCCUGUCGUGAUCCUGUGGUCACUCCAGAUGGCUACCUGUAUGAACGGGAGGCCAUCCUGGCGUACAUCCUACACCAGAAGAAAAAGAUUGCCUGGCAGAGGAAGGCCUAUGAGAAGCAGCGGGCAGCCCUCAGAGAAGAGCAGAGACAGCUUCAACGAGCUGCAGCCCAGGACCGAGCUCGAGGCUUCCUGGAGAAGGAGGCAGCCAUCCUGAGCCAGCCCCUGAACCCCUUCAUGCCCAAGGCUGCCACCUUACCCAACACAGGUGAUGAGCAGCCAGGGCCCAGUGCGGGUCCCCCAGGCAAGGACAAGGACACAAUACUGCCCAGCUUCUGGGUUCCCUCACUGACGCCGGAGGCAAAGGCCACCAAGCUGGAAAAACCAUCCCGCAUCGUGACCUGCCCGAUGUCUGGGAAGCCACUACGCAUGUCAGACCUGACGCCCGUGCGCUUCACGCGGCUGGAUGACUCUGUGGACCGCGUGGGGCUCAUCCCACGCGGUGAGCGCUAUGUGUGUGCAGUGACCCGAGACGGCCUGAGCAACGCCACGCCGUGCGCAGUGCUGCGGCCCUCUGGGGCGGUGGUCACUCUGGAGUGUGUCGAGAAACUGAUUCGGAAGUACAUGGUGGACCCCGUGAAUGGGGAUACCCUGACAGAGCGUGACAUCAUCGUGCUGCAGCGGGGCGGGACGGGCUUCGCAGGCUCGGGAGUGAAGCUGCGGGUGGAAAUGUCGCGGCCAGUGAUGCAGGCCUGAGCUAUGACCUAACAAACCUGCCUGUGAACGCGGGGAAAACAAAACAAAACAAAAUCAUAAGCUAGUAGCGCCAACUGGAGAGUUGAGACUUGUUCUAUUUUCAGUGAGA